AUGGGAACCUGCAAUGGAAAAUUCGGGAAAGUGUAUCAAGUGCGCGAAAAAGCGACAGGUACAGAAUUUGCAGCGAAAGUGAUUCGAUUGAAACAGCAAGCAGACAGAGCCGAGGUCGAGCGAGAAGUAUCAAUACUCACACAGCUCAGACAUCCACGUAUAGCUCAAAUCUACGAUGCUUUCUAUACAGCCAAUAACGAAGUCGUGUUGGUUAUGGAAAUAGUGCGAGGAGGAGAACUCUUCGAUAGAGUAGCUGAUGAAAAUUACGUGUUAACGGAGCAAGCAGUUGUGAUGAUUAUAUGUCAGCUCUGUGAAGCAAUCGACUAUAUCCAUGAGCAAAAUAUUCUACAUCUAGACAUUAAGCCCGAGAAUAUUAUGUGCGUGUCACAAACCGGAAAUAGAAUAAAACUGAUUGACUUCGGCUUAGCACGAUACUACGAUGGAACACAGGAACUUCGCUACAUGGCAGGAACCCCGGAAUUUGCCGCACCGGAGGUUAUCAAAUAUGAACAGCUCGAUUACAGUACUGACAUGUGGAGCGUCGGCGUAAUCACUUAUAUUUUAUUAUCCGGGUAUUCUCCGUUUCUCGGAGAAAAUGUCUGUGAGACAUACUGUAAUGUCGAGAAAGGAGAAUGGGAAUUUACCGAAGAGUUUGACUCAGUCAGUGAAGAAGCGAAGGAUUUUGUGUCACGACUGAUUGUUUAUGAAAAGAAAAAAAGGAUGCUUCCAAAAGAAUGUCUAGCACAUCCAUGGAUAGCUAAACACAGAGCAAAAGCCAACCUUGAUACGCUUUUAGAAAAGCCGGCUGAGGGCCCAGCUAUGGAUAAGAAGCAAAUGAUGCGGUAUAAUGCAAAACGAAAAUUCAGGGUUAGUUUGAGGUCCCUUCCCUUUUCAUGGUUCUUCAGGGGCCUUUUUUUCUGUCAUGCGUAAUU